ACUCCGAUCUGGGUGCUCGUCGCUCGCAUCUUUCAAAUCACCCUAUCUUUCAUCGUAGUCUGCGCGUCAGGAUGGUUCAUCCACGGCCUGUAUCUGAACGAGCUCGGCUUCGCCAUCGUCUGUGGUCUCUUCACAUGGAUAAUAUCCCUCUACACUAUCCUUACCGAGAAAAUCCGCGCCUGCCAACGGGGCUACAACACCUGGGCCGUCCUCUCCCUCGAAGGCCUCAUGAUUAUCUUCUGGCUCGCGACCAUGGGCGCCGUCGCCAGCGCACGGGCGGCCUUCAAGUAUAACGUCAAUGCUACGUGCACGAGUGACGGGUCGGCCGUCAAUAGCGGACAUUGCACCAUCAGCAAGCGAGUCACGGGGGUUGCCUCGCCUGAAGCUUUGGGUGUGGUGAGCGGUGUAGCUGGUCUCUGCGCUAUCAUUAUGCUUCUCUUCGUAGCAUCUUUCGCCUACGUCUGCCACUUCUUCCGCCUUUCUCUCGCAUCGCCCACCGCAGACCCUGGGAAGCACAUCGGUGGCGCGACGAGUGUGCAGUUUAAUCCCACGCCCGGCGCCGCGAUGCAGCCCCUGAUGAACCAGGAUCAGCAACAGUUGUACAACCAUGAGCAGCCGAGGUGGGCUGAGAACCAGGUUUAUGUUCAGCAGAUGAUUUAUCCCCAGCAGACCCAGGUAUAUGACCCC